CAUCUGUUGUCGCCGAUUUUAGGCAGUUUCCCGCCAUAUAACACUUAACGGUCGUUCUCCCCCACCGCUCGUCUUCCUUUUUCUACGUGAGUCACGUGCUUUAACCCUCGAGUACUCUAGCAAUGGAGUCUGUAAGCGGGCAUAAGGUUGGUGAAAUUUUCACCGCAGCCGGAGCAGCAUUUAACAAAUUGGGAGAAUUAACCAUGCAAUUACAUCCUACGACGGACUCACCAGCAGGUAAAUGGACUGACGAGGAAAUUGAGAUGCUCCGUCACUCGGUAAAGACCUUCAGUGAAGACUUGAACAAAAUAAGUGAACACAUCAAGGGACGAACGGUCUCUCAGAUUCGGACAACACUGAAGAAGAAAGCAUUUGAAGAGGCUGGUGUUCCAAUUAGACAACAAAUGCUUUCCCAACAAUCGUCGCAACAAUCAGUUCAAGUAUCGAAACAACAAGGAAAUCAAGGAUUAAUGGGAAAGUCAGCAGAAGUAACGUUAAACAUGUUAAAUGCACCAGAAUCGGAAGUAGAUGUUGAAGGACUGCCAGAAGAAGUAAAACUUGAGUUCGAGGGUGCGACGGAAGAAGUUGCCUCUUAAUAUCGAGAGUGAUCUCAAACUAUGUCUACUUCUAUUUCAAUCUUUAAAUUUAAGAUAUCUUUCACAUAAUAUAUUUAGUAUUAAGUAAUAUGUACAUUCGAUAAGUUAUGUUUCUCAAGUAAAUUUUUAAAAAUU